GAGAUUAUAGUGAGCAUGCGCAAUCAGCUGUGAGAGGCUUAGAUGGGUGUUUGCUCGAGUAUGACAAUAUUUCUGCACUGUGUCACGUAAAAGAAUAAAUACAUUUUCCAGUUAUGACAUCAGUCCGCCCAUCACCGGAUCCCGUAUACGUGCUGCGUGGUUCCAACAGCCCCGUAACUUGUGUUCACUUCCCCACCUGUCUAGCGGGUCAUCUUUACAGCGGCACUCAGUCAGGCAAGGUGUUUCUGUGGAACCUGGAGACAAGGAGAAUCUCGGACACGCUGGACGGACACGGCGGUAGCACCAUCCUGUCUGUCGUCGAUGUGGACAGUUCCACACUGCUUACACAGGGACGAGAUGGGUUGGUGAUUCUGUGGGAAAAUAAGGAGACGAAAUGGCAGCCAGAAAAUCACUUCAAAUGCACAUCACAGAGUUUCUGUGCUAGUGCCAUUGUCAAAUGCAGCAACUCUAACGCCAGCCUCCUGGCAGUGCCAAGUGACGUCACUUCCCAAGUGGACAUUUUUGACCUUGACACUGGUGAAAAGGUCACUUUCUUCAAACCAGAUUCAUCCAGAACCAAAUAUGGCAUGUGUAUGGCAAUAAAGCUUGUCUCGCCUCCCUCGUCUGACCAGUGUCAUCAAGUUCUGAUUGGUUACGAGAGUGGUCAUGUUGCUCUGUGGGACACAAAAACCUCAAAGAUGAUAGACAGUUUAGAACUCUACAAAGAAUCAGUGAUGUGUUUAGACUAUUCUUCACAGAUGUCCAAAGGGCUAGCAGGCUCUGCUGACAAUACUUUGAAAUCAUUUAGCAUUUAUGAGAAUAACAAAUUAACCUUAGGCCCAGAGUUUAAUGCCACAAAUCCCGGAUUUAGUAAAAUCGUCUUCCGACCGGACAGUAAGAUUGUGACAGUUGCUGGCUGGGACUGUAACAUCAGAAUAUUUAGCUUCAAGAAACUCCUCAAGCCUUUGGCUGUGUUGUCUUACCACAAACAAAAUGUUCAGUCGGUGGACUUCUCCCAGUGUAACUUGCUUGCAUGCGGUUCUCAAGACCAGCUCAUCUCCAUGUGGGACAUAUACAGAUGAUGAUGGGCGCUGUAUUUCUAUUUGUGAACAGUAUUUUUAAUUUUUAAUAAAAUGUUUAGUA